UUUGGACCUUAACAACAACACCAAAUAUGGCGGCCUCCAUGAAAAUAGUACUUCGGACAGCUCAAAGCUAUUCUAGAGCAUCAGUAGCGCAUAGAUGUGCUGUUAUAAACAGAAGCUGUCACUCGAAAAGCAGUUCAGAUGAUUCAGAACAGAGUGCGAGAUUACCGAGAGUUGGUAUGUCAGCUGAUGGAAGUACACUGAUUGGUUGGCAUCCAGAACCAGAGCAUCCAUAUGAACAUACAAAGCCUAUUGAGUAUGACAUGAAGAAGGCAGGGGAAGGGACAGUGUUGAAGGAUGAACUUGUUAGAGACUAUGUGACUCGGUACAGACCCUCGGGUCCAACUACACCAGAACUGUCAGCUAUAACUUUCACAACUAAACAUCAGUGGCUUCCAAAGUCGGGGAAGAAAUACCAGAAAAGAAACCCACCAAAAGAUAGAGAUGCUAUAUAAGAAUAUUAUGUCUGUGUUUCCUUUUUGUUUUGAUGUAAAUAAAAUAUUGAAACGUA